UCAUUCCAUUUGUGAAAAGGUAAACAAGUUUUCAUUUAAGUUUUGUUUUAUUUUACAAUAUCCCUGUCGUUAUCUGUUGAUUCUCUUAUCGGAGAGGAAAAAUUAAUCCUUUGAGAUCUGCCCUAGAAACCCCCAGCAGAGUAUAGCGUUGAAGUCAACAACAGACUGUGUUAUCUCUUCCCCCCAAAAAAGGUCAUCAUAAAAGUUCAUCUGAACGACGUGGUGUUUUUGCAAUAUUCUAUUGAUUUUCACAAUUCCCUUGGUUAUUUACUCAAGUGCAGGGGAAUCAGUCUAUACGUAGUCACGAAAGUUCCUGGAAAGAAUCAUGUCCGGAGACCAAUAUAUGGGCUACAGAUCUCCGCUGAGCUCUCGAUAUGCCAGCAAAGAGAUGCAGUUCCUGUUCAGUGAUCAGAAUAAAUUUUCUACAUGGAGGAAAUUGUGGAUAAUGCUGGCUAAAGCCGAGAAGGAACUGGGAUUGGAAAUUAAUGAUGAACAAAUAGCUGAGAUGGAGGCCAAUGUGGACAAUGUGGACUUUGAGGCUGCAGCUGCUGAAGAGAAACUUACUCGUCAUGAUGUAAUGGCUCAUGUUCAUGUUUUUGCAAAAUUAUGCCCCAAAGCUGCUCCUAUUAUCCAUCUGGGAGCUACAUCAUGCUUCGUGGGAGACAAUACUGAUCUCCUGAUUAUUCGGGGAGGUCUGGAUUUGGUGUUGAAUCGCGUGGCUGGAGUGAUAUCGCGUCUUUCGGAAUUUGCCAGGGAAUAUCGGAGUCUUCCAACAUUGGGCUUUACCCACUUGCAGCCGGCUCAGUUGACGACUGUGGGAAAGAGGGCGACACUUUGGAUUUCGGAUUUGCUGAUGGACGAGCGAGCGUUGAGGAGAUGCCGAGAAGAUCUCUGUUUCCGUGGUGUUAAGGGUACUACAGGGACUCAGGCAUCGUUUUUGCAGCUCUUUGACGGAGAUGGCGCUAAAGUCAGGGCUUUGGAUAAGAAAGUAGGCCAACUGGCGGGAUUCGGAAAGUGCUAUCCGGUGACUGGACAAACCUACUCUAGGAAAGUUGAUUUGGAAGUUGUAUCAGCUUUAGCUGGACUUGGAGCUACUGUUCACAAAAUGUGCUCGGAUUUGCGUCUCCUGGCUUCAAGGAAGGAGGUCGAAGAGCCCUUUGAGAGCACUCAAAUUGGUUCCUCAGCCAUGCCCUACAAACGGAAUCCAAUGAGAUCUGAAAGAUGCUGCGCUAUUGCCAGACACUUGAUCACACUCCAGGCAAAUGCAGCCAAUACUCAUGCUACUCAGUGGCUCGAACGGACUCUCGAUGACUCAGCCAACAGGCGUCUAACUCUGUCAGAGGCUUUCCUCAGUGCAGAUGCCAUCCUCCUGACUCUGCUCAACGUCACUCAGGGUCUCGUUGUCUAUCCCAAAGUCAUUGAACGUCACAUUGCCCAAGAACUUCCUUUCAUGUCCACUGAGAACAUAAUCAUGGCAAUGGUGAAGGCCGGUGGAGAUCGUCAGGUUUGCCAUGAGAAAAUCCGUGUUCUGUCCCAUGAAGCAGGGGCUCAAGUCAAGGAACACGGCAAGGAUAACGAUCUUGUGGAUAGAGUUAGAGCUGAUCCGUAUUUUGCUCCGAUUCUUACUCAACUCGAUGCCAUUCUCGAUCCUAAAACUUUCAUUGGACGAGCUUCGGAGCAAGUUGAAGAGUUUUUGGAGGAAGAAGUAGCUCCGGUCCUCGGUAAAUACAAAGAUCAUCUCAAGGGAUUAAAAACUGUUCAGCUGAGUAUCUAAAAAAUGGAAUCUCUGAUAAAGGAGUUUGAGAAAUUUUGAGCUUGAAUAGAAUCUUUAAUUAGAAAUUAAUAAAAAAAUAUAUUUCUGAA